AAAAACUGAAAAGUGAAAACGCACGAAAGGAUCUAGAAAGAACUCAAAAUCAAACACCGCCUCGCCUAGACCGAGAAAAAAAAUGAGGGGCACCACACGCCGCCGUCCCACUGACUCCUUCAAUCCACCGGUACCACAACCGUCGCGCGACUCCGAUGCCAGCUUUGCCAGCAGUCGGCCCUCCUCCAUCGGCAUGGGCCGCGCCAUUUCUGCCGCCGACCCCUACUCCGAUCGUGCCUUCCAAACGGCCACCAUCCGCUCUAUCAACGCCUUCUUCUCCUCCCAUUCCAUUCCCCCUAUCUCCACCAAGCCCUCUCAAGCCCCUUCUGCGAAGGACCUCUCGAAUAUCCUCACAUCCCUUCUUUCCCUUCUCCACUUCCCUUGCUCCAAACUCGAAGAAGACCUAGGUCCUCUCCUGAAAAGUCUAAAUUGCCCCUUCAAAUUCAACAAAUCCACGCUCCGUGCUCCUAAUACCCCCCACAAUUGGCCCAAUUGGCUUGGAAUCAUUCACUGGCUGGUCCAACUUGCAAUGUACAAUGAACAUUUGUCGCAGAAUUCCACAACUUCUUUUGCUCAAAGUGAUAGCAUGACUGAAUAUGCCUUGGAGAGUUAUAUGCGAUUUAUACGUGGUGAGGAUGAUUUGUUGGAGGUUUUAGAUAAGGAGUUCAUGGAGAAGUUGGAAAAAGAAAGGGAAAAUGUGGUGGAGAACUCCAGGGCUUUGGAAAAGAAUGUUGGGGAACUGGAGGUGAAAGCGGAGGGACUAAGGACAGGGCCAACGGAAAGGCAAGUGUUGGAGAAAGAAAAGAACGUGUUAGAGGAAGACGUGAAGAAGUUUCAUGCUAUGAUCGCAGAGUUUACAGGGAGGAUUGGGGCUAUGGAGAAGGUGUUGGAGGAAAAGGAGAAAGAGUUGAAUGCCAAGGAAGAGGAGAGGAGACGAGUUUGUGAGGAGAAUGAGGAGCUUAAAAAGAGAGUGGAGUUGCAAACUUUUAAUGCUAGAGAUGUGGAGAGGAUGAAGAGGGAGAUGCAGGCUGUGGAGAGGGAUAUUGGGGAGGCAGAGGUUGCAAGGAAUUCGUGGGAGGAUAAGUCUUGGGAUCUUGAUUCUACUAUUGGGCAGAAGUUUAAGGAGCUUAUGGCGCUUACAAUGGAAUGCAACCAAGCCAUUAGGAGGUUAAAGCUUGGUUAUGAUUUUCAGUAUGAGUUGAAUGCCAAAGGCUCAACACCUGCUGAGGUGAUGGGGAUUGACUACAAAGGUACACUUAAGCCUGAGCUUGAAAGCUAUGCUGAUAAAAUAAGGGAGAGUUCUAAGAAAAAGUUUGAAGACAUGAUUAUCCUUCAGCAACAAUCAAAAGAUAUGGCUACCAAGAUUGAGGACAAAAAAAAUCGUAUUGAUGCUCUUCAAUCCCGUAUUGAUGAAGUUGAAGCCCAAAUAAAUAUGUUCAAGAAGGAAAUGCAGGAAUAUGGUUAUAGAUCUACUGCAGAAGCCAAGAAAAUGGUUGAGGAUGUCCAUAUUGAGGCUCAUAAGUUAGAUAUAGCAGAAAAGGAAGCAGCAGAGAUUCUAAAGGCUUCGCAAUCGAGGUUGCAAGAAGCAAUCCAACGAAGCGAAGAGGAAAUUCAGAUGCAUGCACGGGAACUCUUUAUGGUGGUCGAUUCUGUGUCGAAAUAUAAAGAGCAUGUCGAAUCCAAAAUUUCAGAGAUCAGGAUCAGCCUCUCGGAAACUGCUGCUGCCGUAUCGGAUGCUUACAAAGGUUCAUUGCCAGCACAAUUCACCGGUAGUGCCAAUGCAAGUUAGUAAUAUGAACAGACAAUCUGUAAUCUAUGACUAAGGUUGGUCUUUUGCUUGUGCCCAAACAACUAUAUUUUGCUUCUAACUGUUGAUUAAUACUAUUAUAGUUAUGGAAGUUGCCAUGCCAUA